AUAUACUUUAAGGAAGCCUUAAGGCUUAUAUCCGAGAUCGAGCUUAAUAGUUUGCCGCAGUCCAUCCAAGACGCUAUCAUCAUCACUCGCAAGCUUGGCUUUAGGUACCUAUGGGUCGACGCUCUUUGUAUUAUCCAAGAUGACGGAGAGGACAAGGCCCAUGAAAUUUCCAAAAUGUCAACUAUCUAUAAGAACGCCGCCAUCAUGGUGGCCGCCAGCGUGGCAGAGAAGGCAUCGCAAGGGUUUCUCCAAAGCCAAGGUAGGAGGGCCACCUAUCUCCCUGAAUGCAUGGUCACUAUCCCUAUGUCAAACGCACAAACGGGGACCAUUUACCUAUCUGCUCAUCAGUAUGAACCUGACCAUCCGCUCGACAAGCGCGGAUGGGCGCUCCAAGAGUUCAUGCUCUCGUCUCGCAUGCUGAUAUUCUCCGACUACGAGCUCCUCUGGCAGUGCAAGGAAGUCGCUCUACAGAGCGUUACAGGCACGCAGGGCGGUCUGGAGUAUCUCCAACCGCUCGAAUCCUUGCCAUGGGCUGUGUUUGACGACGAUGCAGAGCCCUAUUUUGGGUCCCUUGAUGCUGACAAGAUCUAUCUCUGGAAGACAAUCAUUCACCAGUACACCGAUAGGGACUUGACUGACCAGGAGGAUCGUCUAAGGGCCGUGAUGGGCAUAAUCACAGAAUUGGAGGUGCUCUGGCGCGAUCAAAACAUCCACGGACAUUGGAGCAAGUGGUUCGUGCAGCUGUUGGCAUGGUACAAGCCUGAUGUCGACAGAGUGAAGAAGCGGCACCUUAAACGGGCUCCAAGCUGGUCCUGGGCCUCUGUCAAUGGCGGUAUGUGCUACGAGGAACCCUUGGCGGAUGAGGAUGCUAAAGUUAAGACUUUGACAAUGUCGAAAGUGGUACUUUGCUGUCGAAUUCUGAGUUCUGAUAAAGUUGAACCGGACAAGACAGAUACAGUGCAAGAGAGGCCGGAUUUUGUAGAUUCCGCCGCGAUGAGGGAGUUUGGCAACAAUGAUUGCGACUAUAUGCUCUUAGGUAAGACGCAGAACAAUGAUGGCUGCGAAAGGGGGAUGGGAUUAAUCAUCUUGAAAACGGCUCGGCAGCAGUAUCGGAGAGUUGGCUUGGUGACUUUCAAAGACAUGAGUAUUUGGCAAGGUGUUGAGCUACAAGAGGUUACGUUUGAAUAG